GAGUGCACGCUGCAUCUGGUCCAGUAAUCUCACCUGCCUCGCUUUGUGCGACGAAAGUUAUCCACGAGUAGUCAAAAAUCAAGAUGGCUGAACAAAAUAUUAGCGAAAAUUUAGUCAACUCUACAAUGAAUCAAACUGCAAAUGCUACAGUAACUGGUAGGGCUGCAGCUACUCCACAAGGGCUGUUGCUAGCGUAUGUCAGUUUAAUGGUGAUGGCAUUACUCCCCAUUUGGUUUGGAUCUUUCCGUUCAGUUGUUUUUAAUAAAAAGCAAAAGGAAUCUGGUGAGAAAAUUGAGAGCAUGAGUAAGAAAGAUGCUGCCAUGUUUCCAAUCAUAGCAAGUUGUGCGCUGUUUGGACUUUACAUAUUUUUCAAGAUUUUUAGCAAAGAAUACAUCAAUUUGUUGCUUGCAUUAUACUUUUUUGUCAUUGGUGUGUUGUGUGUGACAAAUUUGAUUCGUCCUCUCGUUAGUCUGUUUAUACCACCACAAUUUCCUAACUCGAACUAUCACGUAAUACUAGAUGAAGGAGAAGGAGAGAAAAAGGAAAAUCAUGUCAAUUAUAAAUUUGAUCGCAUUGAUUUAAUAUGUCUUGCUGUAGCUUCAGUUAUUGGUGUUUGGUAUCUUCUCAAGAAACAUUGGAUAGCAAAUAAUAUUUUUGGUUUAGCUUUUUCACUCACUGGUGUAGAACUUCUCCAUUUAAACAGCUUUCCAAUUGGGUGCAUUCUACUUGGUGGAUUAUUUUUCUAUGACAUUUUCUGGGUAUUUGGUACUGAUGUUAUGGUUACUGUAGCUACAUCAUUUGAAGCUCCAAUUAAAUUGAUUUUUCCAAUGGAUUUUAUGGAACAUGGCUUAUGGGGAAAGAAUUUUGCUAUGCUUGGAUUGGGAGACAUUGUUAUACCAGGUAUCUUUAUUGCAUUGCUUUUAAGAUAUGAUACUAGCAAAGGAACGAGUAGUCGAGCAUAUUUUUACGCAAGUUACAUAGCAUACUUUCUUGGUUUGGCAACUACAAUUUUGGUGUUACACUUCUUCAAGUCUGCACAGCCAGCUUUAUUGUAUCUUGUGCCAGCUUGCGUUGGUAGUGCUUUGUUGGUGGCUUUAGUGAAAGGCGAAAUCACCGAUCUAAUCAAAUACGAAGACCACCCCGAAGAUAUGAUUGUUAAUAAUUCGAAAACUGAAGAAACAAAGAAAAAAGAAUAAAGCAUUUUAUUUAUCCACUAUUAAUUAUUUUAAAUUUCUAUUUAUUUUUGGAGCCUUUUAAAAUACUUACAUCUGUUGUGUAAAAAAAAUUGGGGAGAGAAAAAUGCUUGCAGUGA